AUUUAAAAUUUUUAAAGCACAUUCUUCCUUAUUCGUCGGCUUGUGGUCUACACAAACUUCAGGUAAAGUACUCCAAACCCUUUGGUAAUAUUAUAAUAAGUGUGGUUCGUGCGAGCAUAUCUAUCAUGAUCUGAUAUUGUCUCAAUCCUGGGCAUAGUCUCAUGUCAACGAUGUUAAAUAAUUUUAAACCUUCUAUUAUUUGUUUAUGUUUAUAGUUAUAAAGUCAAUAACCUUAGGCCGAGACUAAUACGCAGGACGCGGAAAGAAAGCUGGACGUGCAAAUCAUGACUCAGUGUAGCCACUAUAAGCCACCAGACGUGCAAUCCAUGCUUACUCUUUGUGACUCUGUAUAAGUUGGAAAAUAAAAUGGUGGCUGCAGUUCUUCUGCCAACGGUUAGCUUCAGAGACGAAAGUUCUCGUGAGGAUUGGCAAGUUCUAAGCAGAAUCGAUUCGAAGAAGAAGAUUCUGGUCAAGCAAACGAGUAUGAUUCAAUCCGAGAGAGAUAUAUCCAUGGACCCGAAAUCAAUCAGGUCGUUGUCUAUGUCUGGUUCGAUGAGAAGGAACGAUAGCUUCGAUAUGGUUCUCUUACCGGCGAUGUCACCUCCUAGAGAUUUAGAUUCGCCUAUGCCUCUUCCGUUGCAGCCAGUUCGGACUAAAUUUCUGAGCCGUAGCCUCCCAAACUCAACCGCUGCUUCUCCAAGACAACGUUCGGGUCUAAUGCGGUCGCUCAAAAACAAGGAACAGGACUCAUCUUCUGCGGCAUACAAGAGAAGCAAAUCUUGUGGGUCUACUAGCAAGAGACUCUCCCUUAAGAGGAACUCGUUCUUCAUUAAAACCGAGUCGAACAAGAGCAUCAGCAAUAAUAAUACAUUAGAAGACGGAUUCAAAUGCAACGCUCUGUGUUUAUACCUCCCUGGUUUCGGUAAAGGAAAACCGAUCAGAUCAUCACGGAAAGAUGAUUCUUCUUCCUUCACUCGAACUACCACAACGACGACAUCAUCGUCAUCAACCAUUACCGUUUCAAGAACCGUAUCCGUCAGAGAAUCCACAACCACUACCACAGUGAUCUCAGCUCGAGCUUCAAUGGAGAAAUUCGAUUGCGGCUCAUAUACUUCGGAAUCCGGUGGAGAAGAAGGAGGAAAUCACUUCUAUGACUUACCGUCCGAGCUAAUAAAAAGUGGUUCUGGUGAUAACGACCAUGACGAUCCCGUUUCAGCGGCUUUCGUGUUUGACAAGGAACCUGUUGAGAAAGAGAUCAAAGGUGUUUUAAAGGUUUCUGGUUCGAAAAACAGAAAAUCGAUGGAGUCUUCUUCACUGCGUCAGGUUCGAUUCUCCACGUCAUCACCGGUUUCAUACCCUACGUCUCCGGUGAUCUCUCCACGGUUGUUAGAAGCCUCCAAGAAUUUCAAUGCUUUCUUGGAAGCUCAAGCCGUUUGACUGAUGAUGGAGUCUUUAACUACGAAUAUAUAAUAUAAAAUGUAAUAUACCAAAGUCAUGUCAAACAUUUUCCUUUGGUAAUAUAAAUUCCCAAAAUUCAAUA